AUGCGUUUGCUGGAACAAUCGUUCCAAACAUCUAUCCUAGUCGCAUUACCUACCAUACUGGCAGUAUGCGCCGCUCUGCUGAUCCUAUCGCGAGUGCGGCUUUGGUACAAGCAAUCGCAUCUGCGUAACAUUCCUGGUCCACCUGCGGAGACGUUCGCAUUUGGGAAUCUAAGUCAGGUCUUCAACUUACAAGGUUGGGGUUUCCACGAAAGUAUAGCGCAAACGUAUGGACGAGUUGUUAGAAUCUGGGGGCUGUUUGGAGAUGCCCAACUCCAUAUAGGCGAUCCUAAACCCCUUUACAACAUCUUAAUCAAAGACCAUGAUAUAUUCGAGGAGACGGACUCGAUCAUCGAGACCAACAAGCUGUUUUUUGGUAUGGGUUUACUAAGUACCCUCGGGGAGCAUCACCGUCGCCAGAGAAAGCUGCUGAACCCAGUUUUUUCCACCAACCAUAUGCGAUACAUGAUUCCUACCUUCUAUAGUAUUUCGCAUCAGCUCGAUGACAUCCUCAAGGCUAAAGUCGCUGAUGGACCCCAGGAGCUUGAUGUCCUCGAAUGGAUGACCCGCGUUGCGCUGGAGCUCGUCGGUCAAGGCGGCUUAGGAUAUUCCCUCGAAACGUUAGACGAGGGGAAAUCGAACCGCUACGCCGAGGCGGUCAAGAUGCUCUUCCCAACGGCUGGUAGGCUCGAAGUUCUUCGCCUGUUUCUUCCGUACAUCUCCAACCUCGGACCCGCAUCUUUCCGCCGCUGGGCCAUACGACUGGUGCCGUCCAAGAACAUUAAGCUUCUGAUUGACGCUACCGACGUCAUGGACGAGACGUCGAAGACAGUGUUCUACCACAAGAAGGAGGCUCUAGAGAAGGGAGAUGAUGCAGUUGUUCAUCAGAUCGGCGAGGGGAGAGACAUCAUGAGCAUUUUGAUGCAAUCAAACUUGGCCGCGGAUGAGCAUGACCGGAUGCCCGAGUCUGAGUUGCUGAGCCAGAUGACGACCUUGGUGUUCGCUGCUAUGGAUACAACAUCGUCCGCUUUGUCUCGUAUACUGCUGCUCUUAUCUAGGAAUCCACGAGUACAGGACAAGCUGCGUGACGAGCUCGUCGAUGCUCGAAAGGAUGCUGGAGGCGAUCUGGAUUACGACAGUCUAAACGAGCUACCAUAUUUAGAGGCAGUUUGCAGGGAGACCCUUCGAGUCUAUCCUCCGGUGAACCAGCUCCUUAGGAUCGCGCGCAAAGACACGGUUCUGCCGUUGAGCACUCCUAUCAGGGGUAACGACGGCAGUACUAUCUCUGAAAUAAUCGUCCCCAAGGAUACAAACAUCAUGAUUGGAAUUCACGCGGUAAACACUAGUCCCGAAAUUUGGGGCCCGGACGCUGCUGAGUGGAAGCCUGAGAGAUGGUUGUCACCUUUGCCAGAGAGCGUAACGAAUGCUCGUAUUCCCGGCGUCUACUCCAACAUGUUGACCUUCUCAGGAGGUGGAAGAUCCUGCAUUGGUUUCAAGUUUUCGCAGAUGGAGAUGAAAAUUGUCCUGUCUCUCCUCAUUCCUAGCUUUUACUUCUCGCCCACCAAGAAACAGAUCGAGUGGCUUAUGGGGCCUGUGUCUGCACCGGUCGUCUCUGGCGGUACUAAGCCCUCCAUGCCAUUGAUGCUUUCUCCCGUUCAGACUGUUUAGUCGUGCGCUAUAGUCAAGGAUUAAUAUCUAAUUAAUAUUGCGUGUGGCGAGAGGCACUGCGCGUACUCAAUGGACUAGUUGUCACGUAGCUUCCCUGCAGUUAACUAAUUAUACUUUGUUACUUGGAUCAAUC